ACACUGCACCCAGCCAUAUCAGUUCUCAAAGCUCCAGUAGCAGUAGCCACCAAUGGCCCCUGCAUGGGUGGUUGCCGCCCUGGUCGGCCUGUGCGCCGCCGCCGCCUCCGUCGCGGCGCAGCAGACUGAUCCGCCGCCGCGGCGGCCGCUGCCGUCCAACUACCACAUCAUGACCCCGGGCAGGUACAAGAGGGACCAGCAGCUGGCCUGCAACGACGACAAGACCAACAAGCCCAGCUGCAGCGCCAAGUGCAACAAGCGAUGCCCCAACCAGUGCAUCGUCCUCUGCCCAGGAUGCAAGACCUACUGCAUGUGCGACUUCUACCCCGGCGUCUCCUGCGGUGACCCUCGCUUCACCGGCGGCGACGGCAACAACUUCUACUUCCACGGCAAGAAGGACCAGGAUUUCUGCAUCCUCUCCGACGCCGGCCUCCACAUCAACGCCCACUUCAUCGGCAAGCGCAACCCCUCCAUGAGCCGCGACUUCACAUGGAUCCAGGCCCUCGGCAUCCGCUUCGCCGACCACCGCCUCUACAUGGGCGCCGCCAAGACCGCCAAGUGGAGCAACGACGUCGACCGCCUCGAGCUGGCCUUCGACGGCGCACCCAUCGACAUCCCUACCGAGAUAGGCGCCGUGUGGCAGUCCACCGCCGUGCCUGGGCUCACCGUCGCCAGGACCGCCACCACCAACGGCGUCAGGGUGCAUCUCAAGGGUGCGUUCGACAUCAUGGCCAACGUGGUGCCCAUCAGCGAGGAGGACUCUCGCGUCCACAACUACGGCGUGACGGAGGACGACAGCCUCGCGCACUUCGACCUCGGCUUCAAGUUCCUCGACCUCACCGACGACGUGCACGGAGUCCUCGGCCAUACCUACCGCUCCGACUACGUCAACCAGCUGAACGUGAGCUCCAAGAUGCCCGUCAUGGGCGGGGCUCCCAAGUACCUGUCCUCGGACAUCUUCGCCACUGACUGCGCUGUGGCAAGGUUCGGCGCCCGCCGCGCCGGCAUCUCCAUGGUCACUGCUAGGGCCUACUGAAGUUGCCAAUAAUCGUUUGGCUAUGCAUGCAAUGCAGUAAUAAAUUUGAUUAUUACCACGAACAACCUUGGUGUUGAUCGUCAUUAUGAUGGAAUUCAAUGUUAAUCCGUUGCUUACUGCAAUUAAGCACUUGUGGGAAAACUCCAUAACCA